GAGCUGGAGAUGACCGGAGUGCCGCAGACCAGGGCCGAACCCCAGGCCCCAUCAUCGAGCACGGUUAGUAAGCUGCUUACAUUUCCUCCAGUCAUCCGUGGCUACCUAGAAGAGUACGACCGGCAUCUGACCGGGGCAGUACGCUCGCGGAAGCAUCUCGAAAAUGUUAAGUCAAAGAUGGGUCGAAUUGUUGCCUUCCUCAGCUACAUGAGCCGUGAUAAGACCGCCCUGGGCUCCUGGCGCUUCUUGGAUGACGCCGGACGCAUAACGGGCUGGCCCGCUGAACUCAGCCGUCAGCAGAAGGCUGUGACUACCGUUAAGGUUUACCUAGUAAACACAACCCAAUUCCACGUAUACUUCAUGGAGACGCCUCCGAGAAGCUCCAGGCUGUCGAAGCGGCAGCUCGUGUCCGUGAUGCGAGCUCUGAGGUCGGCUACGUGCCAAAUCGGAACGAAGGUGGUGCUUCGGCAGAUCAAGGUCAAGUCUGAGAAGCUCCAGCGCUCCGUAACGCCCGACCUUCUCUGCAGAUGUCUCGAAAAAUCUCAGAGCUGGAUCCCCAAACUCUUGCUGAGCUGCUCGCAAAGGAAGCACGACGUGGGAGCGAGACACCUGCUUUACGGAUUCGUUGCGCUCUACCUUACUUCUCUCUACGGCCAUCGAGCAGGCGUGAUGACCAACCUUACCACCGAAGAGGUCCUGGAGGCCGCGAGGGGCACCAGCUCUUCCUCUCCGGGGGUCGUACUCAAUGUAAAAAACCAUAAGACUGCCCGCGUGUUUGGCUGUGCUCAGGUCUUUCUCACCCACGAGGAACUGGGCUGGAUCCAGCGGUGGAUGGAGAUCAGGGCUCUGCUACGCCCGCGGUGCGAUCUGGUAUUUUUCAAUACCAACCACCGGCACGUGAAAAACAUCACCCUGUUCGCGAGGAACGCGUGGGCAGCCAUGCUACUGCCAGGCAGACCCUCCCUUACCGACAUCCGGACCGCCGUCGCGACGAUGUGCAGGAACACCCACUCCAGUGAGGUCCGGACGCAGAUGUCCCGGGUCAUGUGUCACGACACCCGCACGGCCGACCGAUUCUAUGCGAUGCAGCUUGAUGUCAACCAGAUGGCUGAGAUGAGGCGCAGAUUUGCCCAGUGCAUGGGAGAAGAAGCUGCCGAAAGUUCACAAUAAACUUUGAAUAAUGC